AUGGAAAUCAUCCGCCUCUUGCUUGAACUACAUGUUUUUUUCUUCCUUUGCGGAUCUGUCUCAGCAGAUUCGACAUGCAAGUUGAAGGCAAAAUUUAACCUGAGCGGCUACAAGAAUGUGGAAAAGAAGCAGGUUGUUAUUGGGGGCAUGUUUCCUGUACACAAGCGUAUCGCCUCCAGUGAUGCCAACACUUCAAGGGUGCCUGUCUCCUCAGGAUGUGAUGGGUGAGUUGGGCAUUCAGUGAACUAUUCACAUGUGUCUUUCACAUUAUUGUGGCUGUGUUAGUUUAAUUUUCUUUAAUGAACUUAUCACGCAUAGUAAGGUAUGCUUGUUGAGUUUAAACUUUCUAGUAUUUAUUGCUUGAGUAAAAAUAUAUUUCACCUAACUGACCUUAUUAUUGUUUUAACCAAAAAGUUGAGUUGAGAGAUCUCUGAAAUUUGAUUUUACUGCAAAAGUGAGGACAGAGAGGGUAUCACCUCUGGGGCCAAUUAGUCACUGCAGUCUGAAUGAUCACAAUGGCAGGCCUUUGUGCAUUAUACACAGCAAUUAUCAGUAAGUCUGUAACUUUGCUCUUGUAGCCUAUUUAGGUGAAAUCAUUAAAUAAUAGUGAGUAGGUUUAUUAUGCAUUCAUAUUUUGCAUACUUAGUGAAUAUCCAUCUGUUCUUCAUGGUUGUUUUUUUCUGAUUUAAAAUUCACUAACAAGUCGCACUGAGUUUUUAACUAUAUACUGAAGUUAUAAAAGAUUAAAAUGUCACUGUUUGUAAGUUAUGCCAUUACUCGCCCUUCAUUGUCCAGGUUUAACUUCCGAACCUUUCGCUGGACUCAGACGAUGCUGUUUGCCAUCUACGAAAUCAAUAAGAGGACCGAUCUGCUGCCCAACACGGACCUGGGCUACGUCAUAUAUGACUCCUGCUUUACCAUCUCAAAAGCCGUGGAGGGUACCCUCACUUACCUCACGGGCCAAGAUGAGGCUGUGCCCAACUACCGCUGUGGGACUGGGGCGCCUCUGGCAGCUCUGGUGGGCUCCGGGGGGUCUGAUCUUUCCAUUGCCACCGCAAGGAUACUUGGACUGUAUCAUUUCCCACAGGUAAGCUGAUGCUUAGAACAUGAAGGCUGAAGGAAAUAAGCUUAAAGGGGGGGAAACUCAUCUCUCUGCUGUUAUCCUCAGGUCGGCUAUUCUUCAUCUUGCUCUGCCCUGGAGAGUAAGUUCCAGUUUCCCACUUUCCUGAGGACCAUUCCCAAUGACAAGCAUCAGUCUACAGCUAUGGCCCAGCUGGUGCUUCACUUUGGCUGGACUUGGGUGGGCACCAUAGCUGCUGAUGACGAUUACGGCAAAUAUGGCAUCAAAGACUUCAAGGAGCAGGUGGAGGAAGCUGGCGUCUGUAUCGCCUUUUCUGAAACCCUGCCGAAGGUGAACAUUUAUAUUCCAUCUGAUAUUGUGUCUGUUUCCUAUAAUGCCAUGCCAGUCUUUUUUUUUAAAUAGAUAUAUCACUUCUCAGAGAUAUGAUGUAUGAAAUUAAUUUUAGGUGAGUUCCCCAGAAGAUAUCCGGCGCAUUGUUCAAACCAUAGUUGAAGCCACGACCAAGAUCAUCGUGGUCUUCUCCUCAGAUGUUGACCUCAGUCCACUCAUUACUGAGCUGCUCAAUCACAACGUGACAAACCGCACCUGGAUUGCAAGCGAGGCCUGGGUGACCUCUGCUCUCAUCAACCAGCCUGGGGUGAGUCUGAAGACCAGCUCAGUUCUCUCAGUUAUCAACAGACUGACUGAUGUAAGAAACAGGUAUUUAGGUCACGACAUGACCUGAGGUUUGUGAUGUUCAUGUGGUUAUUAUGCAGGUGAGCUCAGUUCUGGGUGGUACUCUAGGUUUUGGAAUAAAAAGGGCAAACAUACCGGGUCUUCAGCGCCAUCUACUGGAUCUGGAUCCAUAUGAUGAUCAGCUCACCGAAGAAUUCUGGGAGUCGGUGAGUGCAAUGACAUUUUUGAGGCUAUUGAUCAAAUAUCAAAUCUAAUACUGCCCAAAUUCAAUGGAAUUAUGUGCCUGGUUCUUUUGUGACAAGAAAAUGAACGUUUCACUGUAUCUUUAUCUUUUAGGUUUUUAACUGCACAUUGAGUUAUAGAAAAGCUGUGCGGCAGGCCAAGCAGACGGUCAAAGAGGUUAAUGGCACACUGUCAAGAGCAGUGAGGGGAGUCCCUGAUGGGCUGUGUACAGGGCGCGAGUCUCUGGCUCAGCUCAAUAACACGUACUCUGAUGUUUCCCAGUUACGAAUCACUUACAGGUCAGUUCUUUCAGCUCGCUUUUAUAAUGUAUCAACAACACUAGUUAUUUCACAAUUUAAAAAAUAAAUCUUGCCUUUCUGGCUACUAUAAUGCUUUUUUAAGCAGUGUUGUGUUUGGGCUGUUUGGGAGGCUGGGGGUGAAAAAUACAUGAAUAAAUAAAAGGCUGUUAAUGGAGGUCUGUCUCUUGUAGCAUUUUAAAGACCAUUUUUGAACUCUGAUUUUCAUCUCUUAUGAACAUUCUGUAACUUUGAGGUAGUUGCAUAGCAAGCCUGGUUCUAGAUCAUCAAAAAUAAUGGGCUAUUCAAAAACUUUAGUUGGGCAAAGAAGUAAUUAGAGGGGGUUUAGGGGUUCACUACCAUCAAAUUUUCGAGUAAUUGUACCUUAACUCCCUGCUGUCUUGAGUCAACAAUUUGUGGUGGAUGACAUCUAAAGGAUGAGCCCUAUCCAAACAUUGGCGAUAGGCUUACUUAUGGAGACCAUAACCCAGGACUGUACUGCCGAAACAAAACAAUGACAAGUAAGGUGAUCAUGUGCACAGCUAAUGGUGCUGACAGAGAUACAAAGCCAAAAAUGUAAAUAAAAUUCACAGUCACAACAGCAGCAGCAACAAAAACCCAAGCCAGCUACAACAAAAGGCAAUUAUAACAAGCAGGAAAGGAAAUUAACCCUCCUCCUGUGUUAGGGUCUGUACUGACCUGUUUUGAUUUUAAAUGCUUAAAAGAGCCACUUAAAUUAGCUUUUUUGCAUCAAGAAUUUUGACUUAGCCAGGAACCUCAAUUUUAACAAAAUAAAAAAUAAAAUUGACUAAAUUAUAAAAUGCUCGUUAAAAUUAUGACCUGGUUAGAUCAAUAUCUAAUAAUUAGAGCAAAAACCGAAAUCAUAAGUGCACUGGCAGGCACUGCACUGACAGUCAGAUCCUCUUCCAAUCAUGUGAGAUUUAGGAAAUUCACAUGUUUCCAUGUUUUUCCCUGCACAAAAAAUGUCGGGCAUGUCUGUAUGAGGGGUAUAGUGACAAAGAAAGGCCCAGAGGCCCACUACAAAAAUAUUACAAACAAUAUUUUCAUGAAUAAUGAAGCCUAACAAGGUAACCUAGAGAUGAGAACCAAAUUGGAUGAAGAGAAUUGUUUUUAGUGUAAUUUACAGCUGAUUUAAGACAUGGGUCAAAACCGACCCUUUACAUAGUGGGUGCGUAGUAAAAGCUAACACAGGAGGAAGGUUAAGCACUGGUCUAAUAAUAUGACAGAAUUUAAGUUCUAGCUUGCACACUUACUGGUCUCAGAUGAGACAAAAAAAGGGAAAGAGGAGGAUGCAUCUGUCCUGGAUGCUUCUAUGCUGCAGGGUUGGCCUCUUGUGGUCAGUCACAUGACUUUGUUGAGACUGUAGUGACAUCUGUGCGAGGUCAAAAGUUCAGCAGCAGGAUAGAAAUAUUAAUUAAAGGUAUGUUUUUUUUGUGAGUUCAGUGAAUUUAGCCUCUAAUGAUAAAAAUGUAAUCAAUGAAAUGUGAACUAAUGAUGAUUGUUAAUGAUGAAUAGGACUUAUGCAUGCACUUAUGGUGUGACUCCUCAGUGUGUACAAAGCUGUGUAUGCUGUUGCCCAUGCACUGCACAACCUGGAGCACUGCGAAGCUGGACAGGGACCGUUCAAUGGAAAAAACGACUGUGCUGACAUCACAAACUUUGAGCCAUGGCAGGUAAAGCUUGUGUGCGUGUAUAAUAAAGUGGCCGGUGAGUGUAUAUGUGAGUGAACACCAUCGCUUUGUAACCAGGAUGUUGUUUCGUCUUUCUAUUCCACAGCUGAUGUACUAUUUGAAGAAUGUGCGUUUUAAUGUGCCGCACACAGAUGAAGAGGUCUACUUUGAUAAUGGGGAUGUAGAGGCGUUUUAUGACAUCAUCAACUGGAAGGUCGAUAGCAACGGGGGAAUAUCCUACAUCACUGUGGGACAGUACAACGGCUCAGCAGCACUAGAGGAUAGGAUGAUCAUAAUGAAUGACUCUAUUGUGUGGAACAAUGACGUUUUAGAGGUCUGUAGCAUACUUAUAAAAACAACCAUGAACAAAUUAUUUCACGAAUGAAUCCAUUUAUUGAAUUUUUGUAUCAUUGUCUGUGUGUGUUGUAGCCUCCUCGGUCAGUGUGCAGUGAGAACUGCCAGCCAGGCACCAGGAAGGGAAUCCGACAGGGAGAGCCGGUCUGCUGUUUUGACUGUAUCCCAUGUGCAGACGGAGAGAUCAGCAACACAACUAGUGUGUAUCAGGAUUUCAAGUUUAUCUAAUGGUCAUUUGUGUACUUAUUUUCCAGACAAGUGAGAGAUAAAACCACUAAACAAACAUGAAUUUGUGUGAACAGCAAAUACUACCUCACACCUACAGUCUACAAACAACUUUAUAUAAACACAAUCCCGCUGCCUUAUUACUAACCCAUUCUUCUGUUACAGAUGCUCGUGAAUGUGUCUUGUGCAGUGGUGACGACUGGUCAAACGAGGCUCAUGAUGCCUGUGUACCAAAAAUCAUUGAGUUCCUGGCCUUUGGAGAACCACUGGGGAUCACGCUCAUUGUCAUUUCAGCUUUUGGAGCUCUAGUCACCAUUGCUGUUGGAGUGAGACUUACUCAGUAGAGUUAAUUCCUGAUUACUGUUAAAAUAGAUCCUUUGUUGCGGUGAGUAACGGAUUAAAUGUUGUGUUUUACUAUUUGGACUAUUUUAGGUGGUGUUUGUUCUGAAUAUCGGCACCCCUCUGGUGAAAGCAAAUGAUGCUACGUUGAGUUUCUCACUGCUUUUUUCGCUGGUGGUGACCUUCCUCUGCUCCAUCGUCUUCCUGGGAGAACCUCAGCACUGGAGCUGCAUGACUAGCCAAGUAGGCCUGGCUCUGGGCUUUGCUGUCUGCCUUUCCUCUAUAAUGGGUGGGUACCUAACUUUUAACUGUUCUUUUCUGUGUUUAUGUGUGAGUAAACAGACAACAUCUGUGGGGUACAACACAUUUCUCACUCUAGUUUUUGGUGUAAUAUGAAAGCCUGGGACACUCUUAUUCCAUAGUGUUUGAUAAGGAGAGUGAUAAUAAAAUCAAAGAAUCAAAUUUGGUUACAUUAAUUCAUAAUAAGUUAAUUUGAUGUUUCUUUACUUCAGGUAAAGCUGCAGUGUUGAUGCUGAGAGCUCAGGCCCUGAAAGCGGCCCGGGCCAAACACAAAGCGGCUGCCAAAGCUGCCAAAGCUGCAGCUGAAGCAGCAGCAAACAGCGGGAAUCCUGAUGUAAUUGCCACCAAUACAAUUAACAAUGAUGCCAAUGCUUUUGCAAACCCUGAAGUUGACGUUCUCACAUGUGCCCACCAGAGGGCAAUAGCAACUACAGCAACAUUGAUCCAGGUAAGUACAAGGAGGUAAAACUAGGAUCUUGCCGUGAACUCUCAAUCCUGAUCCUGUAAUGAUAUCUCAGUUAUCAUCAUCACUCUUUCCAGGCAAUAGCGUGCACAGUCUGGCUAAUCACCCUCCCUCCACAUCCAGUAAAGAACACCUCUGCACAGAAUAUAAAGAUCAUCCUGGAGUGUGAUGAGGGCUCUGUGGUCUUUAUUUGUUGUAUAUUUGCCUACGACAUCUUGCUGGCUCUCCUGGCUUUCGUCUUUGCCUUCAUCGCCCGCAAACUAGAAGAUCACUUCAGGUAGGAAACACAAAAACCCAGCUGCAAAAAAAUCCCCUAGAUCAAAAUGUGUAAAAGAUAAAACAUGAAUGAAACAAAACAAGGAAGAAAUCAAGUGCAAAUAAACAUAUGGUAUAUGUAUCAUUAGGUCAUUUGAGUCACUGUACUUCAAAGCUAAAGAUAUCCCAAAAGGUCUUAUCCUUCUAAUGCCUUUUUGUCAAUGUAAGCUUUAUUUACUGUAUAUAGCACAUUUAAAAACAGCCAGUGGCCUGACCACAAUAAAAACAAUAAAAGCGUAAAACAUAUAAAAAACAUAAAACAACAAUAUAGAUACACAUAGCAAAUAAAAAACAAUAAAAGUAGCUAUACUUUUAUAUCAUAUUUGAUACAUAUUUUUAUGAUACCUCUAUCAAAUCAAUAUAAUCAACAAAUUACUAAAAAAAGACCUGAAUACAGGCCAAUAAAUGAUAAAAAUGUCUUCUUGUGGUUUCUCAGUUUCCAAAACAUCUAAUGUAUCAAAUGAGAUAAAUAUAUCUAUUUGUUACAUUUUAAGGACAUUUUGAUUUUUUGGGGUGUUAAGAGUGAGUGAAAUAAACAUUUCAGCUCCAAAAGAUUUUCUGGCAAUAGUUUGUGGUUUCAGGCAUUUAAGUUAUUUUUAGCUUUUUAUGAUUUGAUCUUGAUUAAACCCAGAAUAAAUUAGAUGGAUGACAAAUCUCAUCAAAUUUUAGACCCAUUCUGAUAUUUUGUCAAAAAAAGGGAAACAUUUGCAUUUGAGUCAUCCUUAGAUUCAAUAUUUUUGCUCAAAAGAGACUGGAGUCUAGAAAACAUACGCCUCUUCAAUAGAAAAUACAAAUUUUAUAGAUUAUUUUAAGCAACAUGCAGAAGGAUCAUGAAGUUCUAUCUUUACCUCCUCUACUUUUGAGUGAGCUCAGGUAUUAGUAGGAACAAAAAAAUCUACUUCCCUGUGAAAAAGUUACUGAGAAUCAAAUUUAAUCUGCAUGGCUUUUGUUCCACAUGCUGUCUUUCAGUGAAGCAAAGUGCGUGACCUUUGGGAUGCUGGUCUUCUUCAUCGUUUGGAUCUCCUUUGUCCCGGCUUACCUCAGCACACGUGGCAAGUUCAUGGUUGCCGUCCAGAUUUUUGCCAUCCUUGCAUCCAGCUUUGGCCUAUUGACCUGCAUCUUUCUGCCCAAGUGUUACGUUCUUCUGGUCAAACCUGAACGCAACACAGAAGAGAUGAUGAGGCCCCGCGCCAAACCGCGGGAUGGAACCUUGACUGGGACCUCAGCCUCUCUCGCUACGGCUGCUACUGAAGUCAACGCUUCGAUCGCAUCUACUGCUAUUGAUGAUUAG